AUGACGUCCGUCGGCAGUUCGUCGACCCCACGAGGUCCGUUCACGUCGCUCGCAACAUCCUUUCCGACGACAAGCAUCCCCUUGGGGCACUUGCUCGCGAUGGUUGUCGCUGAGUGCUGGACGGUGUAUUGGUUCCGGCGGGGCGAUGCGCUCGCAUCAUGGCAGGACGAAGCGUCCUUCGACAAGGUCCCGGUGGACCACGGCCAUCGCGACGCCCCCACCGACGCCCAACGAACGUUGCUGCCCAUCGACAAGGCCAAAGUGUCCUGGCACGUCGCAACACCAUUUUUCAACGCGUAG